GUGCGGUCCAGGAGCUCCGCAGCAUGUUGGAUACGAUCAACCCUUCAACCAAUCGGAGGAGACCUGGCACCAUAAGCCCCGCCUCCACCGAAACAGAACUGCAGAGGAUUCUACGGCGCCGCAAAGUGACAACAGACAAAGACGCCUCCACGGGGCCCCUGAGCUCCACCGAGUCCAAGUCUAUGCCGGUCCUGGGCUCUGAGACCACCUCCCCCGUCACCCAGAAGGCCCGAAACGCCGAAUCCGGGACGCAGCGCGGACACCCCACCGCAGAGACGCCGGACGCCGACAAACCUCUCCAUGUGACAUCACACUACUGCGAGGCGCUGUCCUGCGUUCAGGCGGACGCACGCUUUGGCCACCCGCGGCGUUGGUAA